AUGAGACUAAGGCGCCAGGGGGUUUCCGCCGCACCUGUGAUUACGUCGGCCUCGCCCGAGUCGUGGAAGCCUCCAGAAUAUUACAAGACAGAUCGUGAGCGGACGGCGAUCUUAGAGGCGGUGGCGAAGCACAAUGUUUUGUUCGGCCAUCUGUCUGGUGCUAAUCUGGCUAAAGUGAUUGGUGCCAUGUUUCGCGUUUCCUACAAGGAGGGUGAUGUAAUCAUACAGCAGGGAGACCCCGAUGCCAGUCAUUUCUAUGUAAUUCAAUCCGGUCAGGUGGGUUACUAUGUCACACGCGGCAAGUCAUUACCACAAUUCGUGGGACAAGCAGGCCCCAAAAAUGGCUUCGGCGAACUCGCUUUACUAUAUGGCAGCCCCCGAGCCGCUACUGUCAAGGCUCUGGAAGAUACAGAGCUCUGGGCUCUGGACCGGGAGACAUUCCAAUUAAUGCUUACAACUUCAGAAAAUACCAAAAAAAGGACCUAUGAAGAAUUUCUCGAAAAUGUCAAUGUAUUUAAAGGCCUCAAUAGAUUUGAGAUUGUAAACUUAUGCGACAUGUUAGUCCUGGAAUCCUAUCGACCAGGACAAUGUAUCGUGAGUCAAGGAGACCACGGACAGAAGUUUUACAUAUUAGAGAAGGGGGAGGCUUGUGCUGUGGUGAGAGACGAAGCUGGGAAAGAUUUAUUGGUUCAGCAUUACACUCGUGGAGGGUACUUCGGCGAGUUGGCACUCAUCGGCGACGGCUUCCGACGGGCCAGUAUUUACGCCAUCUCUAAGUGCAAGCUUUUGAGCAUUGAUAAGUCCACUUUCGACCGGUAA